CAUUGUGGACUAUUGAUAAAAUUUUAGGUUUUCAGGAAACUCAGGACUUGUGCAGAUAAUUCAGAAUUUGCGAUCUGUUGUCUUGCACUGAUUACAUUAUCAGUCUCCUGCACAGAUGCAUUUUUUAUUCUGAAGGCGACUGAGUUGAGAAAAACCGUCAUAUUUUCUCUCAUGUUUCUCAGUGAGAAUCUGGUAUUAUUUCUGUUCUAUCAGAAUGGACAACGAAUCUUCAACGAGAAUGAUAAACUGCGGAAAUCAUUGCUAGAAGUUCCUUGGAUAGACAAACCCCGAUGGUUGAGACAAGCGAUGCAUAUAAUGCUGACUCAGGCCAGUCGAGACAUGCAAAUCAAACCUUACGGCAUUUUCGCACUCAACUAUAUGUCCUUCAAAGAUUUGAUGAAAUUCACCUUCUCAGUUGGAAACGUUCUAUACACUAAGAAACAACUCACAAGUCAAGGUCAAUAGCAGAUUUGGUGGAUGUGAGCUUUUAAUUUGUGAAUAAAUCGAGCUGGAAAUUGGAGUUGAA